AUGACAGGUGGACCCAUGAUUCGAGUUUACAACCUACAUGGAGGGCCUCUGAUAGUGAAGGAAAUUAGGCAUGCAAGCAGGAGUGCUGCUGUGGAGACACAUUCAAAGCCAAAUCAAGAGGAAGAAUCCAAGUCCUUAUCUUGGAAGAUUGAGAAACUUCCAAGAGGAGAACCAGUUGGGCUUGCCUUCCAAAGCUGGAUGGGUGAGGGUUGCCCCAUUCACAGAGGCCACAUCUUUCAUGCCAUUAAUCGUCUGAGGAAGCUUAAAUUCAACAAACGUGCCCUUGAGGUAAUGGAAUGGGUGGUCAGGGAGAGGCCCUACAGGCCAAAAGAACUAGACUAUUCGUAUCUAUUGGAAUUUACAACCAAGCUUCAUGGGAUUUCACAAGGUGAGAAGCUUUUCUCCCGUGUACCUCAUGAAUUCCAGAAUGAGUUGCUGUUCAACAAUCUUGUAAUUGCAUGCUUGGAUAAAGGAGUGAUAAGGCUUUCGCUUGCUUACAUGAAGAAAAUGAGGGAGUUGGGUCAUCCCAUUUCAUACUUGGUCUUCAACCGUCUUAUUAUCCUCCAUUCAUCCCCUCGUCGAAGGAAAAUCAUCCCAAGGAUCCUCACCCAAAUGAAAGCUGAUAAGGUUGCCCGGCAUGUCUCUACUUAUAACAUUCUCAUGAAAAUAGAAGCUAAUGAACACAAUAUUGAAGGGCUGGUCAAAGUGUUUGGUGAAAUGAAGCAACAACAAGUUGAGCCGAAUGAGGUAUCUUACUGCUUAUUAGCUACUGCACAUGCUGUUGCAAAGUUGCACACUGUGGUUGAGGCAUAUGUUGAAGCAGUGGAGAAGUCCAUAACUGGAAAUAACUGGUCAACACUAGAUGUUCUAAUUAUACUGUAUGGGUAUUUGGGGAAGCCUACUGAUUUAGAGCGUACUUGGGGCAUUGUGCAAGAACUUCCCCAUGUUAGAUGUAAGAGUUAUAUGCUGGCAAUUGAAGCAUUUGGAAGAAUUGGACAACUAAAUCGAGCUGAAGAGCUUUGGUUAGAAAUAAAGUCAAAAAAAGAGUUGAAAUCAACAGAGCAAUUCAAUUCAAUGAUAUCUGUCUAUUCCAAACAUGGGUUUAUUGAUAAAGCUUCUGGGCUGUUUAGGGAAAUGGAGAUGAAUGGAUGCAAAGCAAAUGCCAUAACUUAUCGAAAUCUGGCUUUGGGUUGCUUGAAAGCAGGGUUAUUGGAGGAGGCCUUGAAGACUCUAGAGUUGGGCAAGGGUUUGACAACUAGCACAAGGACCAGGAAAUCAAUCCCGUGGUUAGAGACUACUCUUUCCAUUGUUGAGAUUUUUUCUGAGAAUGGUGAUGUUGAGAAUGCUGAGAAGUUGUUUGAAGAAUUGAAGACAGCAAACUAUACCAGGUACACUUUUGUUUAUAACACCUUGAUUAAGGCUUAUGUGAAGGCCAAGGUCUAUGAUCCUAAUCUUUUGAGAAGGAUGAUUCUGGGAGGUGCUAGGCCAGAUGCUGAGACCUAUAGCCUGAUGAAACUUGCUGAGCAGUUUCAGACUUGAUUCAAAUCAAUUGUACUGGAUUAGUAAGCAGAUAUUAAUUUCAAGGCAAAAUGUUGGUGUAAAGAUAAGAAAUUGGAAGAGAGGGAUGAAUUUUGGAGGAGCAUCCUGCAGAUUUACAGAUUAAGAGAAAUGUGGCAACUUCAGGCACACUGAAAUGGUUCUUUUCACUUGCCUCUAGAGCUCAGAUUAUAUGGAGAUGCUUACAGCAUGUAGCGUCACUUUUUCUUCUGUAUUCUGUUCCACCACCAAGAAAAGUAUUAAUUGAUUACAAAGGCAGCACAAAAAUUCUAACUGGUUAUAGAAAUUUUUUUAAUAGCAUUGUUUCGGCUGUUUUUGAAUAACAUAAAAUCAUUUAUUCAUGUACCCUAACUGGUUGGUCGAAAUUGUAAUCUGUAGAGCAGGCCCCAUUAUCUUUCACUACUUGUUGAAUAAAAAUGAAAAUGAAAAUUGCCUUUCCAUGAA